UCUACUCCACAGAUCUUACAGGUGAAUCUAGUGAUGUCCAUGUUGCUGUAUGUGUUGUUCCUAGUGUACCUCUAUGGUAUCCAGGCAACGCACAUGGAGCGCCAGCAGCCCCCACCCACCCAGGACCCCAUCAACUCCCUCAUCAUCCAGCUGCUGCAGGCGGACCUGACCCGCGGCCGGGGGAGACAGGGGGAGGGCCAGGACGUGCAGGCCCAGGACACAUCGCCACCGGUGGGCCUGGACGACACUAAAUUCCUGGAGAGGCGGAGCACGCUGUACCAGCCAAUGGCAGGCCUGUCGUCCGACCUGCUGCUGCAGCAGAAAAACUCAAACUCUCCCCGGGUCCUGCUGAGUGAGCGGGCGCCCCCUGCAGCCUCCUCCGCUCUACUCCAUGAUGACUACGUGGGCAGCUCUGAUGGAACCAACAAGACACGCAGGAAGAGAUACGCAGAACACAAGAGCUACCGCGGGGAGUUCUCCGUCUGUGACAGCGAAUCACAGUGGGUGACAGACAAGACAAAUGCUAUGGACAUCAGGGGUCGUCAGGUCACCGUCCUGGGUCAGAUAAAGACGGGGACCACCGACAGCAGCUUUGUUAAGCAGUACUUCUAUGAGACCAAGUGUCGGACUGCCAAACCUUUUAAGAGCGGCUGUCGCGGCAUCGAUGACAAGCACUGGAACUCACAGUGCAAGACGUCUCAGACGUACGUCAGAGCUCUGACACAGGACCGGACCUCUGUGGGCUGGCGCUGGAUAAGGAUAGACACUUCCUGUGUCUGCGCGUUGUCACGGAAACACCGCAGGACGUAAACACACACAACCCGACCACUGAGACGUUAUGGAAUGUAUUUCCUUAUGGUGAA